AGUAGAAUUUGGCACACAUGAAAUUUUACUUUUCUGAUGUUUUAUGAUUUAGAUAAAAAUUGUCAAGCAAUCACCAUUCAAUGUAUAAAAUGUAUAACGUUUAUGAUCUAGCCUUGCUUGCAAGAAACGCAAAUUAAAAAAAAAAAGGUUUCUUGACAUCUGUCACACUGACGUGUCCAUUGUAAACAAAACCUUGAUUUUUGCAAAAUUUCAAUAGAUUUUAGCUUUAUACCAUAAAAUAACUAAUAGACAAAAAUGCCUUCAAGUUUAAUUGAACUACGUCCUGAUCGCAGGCUCCUAGAUCAUGAAUUUGAAGGUUACAAAUUAGAUUUGCAGGCACUCCCGCAUUUCUCGAGCAGCCUUCCCUUGCCGGUGGACAGAGUGUUUCCCGACGAUGUCCAAUACUCCUUCAUCCACGCGAAACUGUUCGCACUGCACAACCACCUGACUCUGGACUACUGGGAUUACUCUUACAAGUUUUACUACAUCAAUAAUAAGCGACAAGUGUGUCAACAAUCUUUUGAAACAGACAAAACAUUUCGGAGCGCUGUGGUGUAUACCAUCCCAUCUACUGUGGAAAGGAAAUCGGGACAUUUCAACCUAUGUCUUUCUUUCGUAUCUCAAGGGUUGGCUGUAGUGAGCGACGGCGCUGGAUAUCUGCACAUAGUAGAUACCGGCCCGAGGAACAAGCCGGAAGAGAGCAACCAUUGGCAGACGCUCCACUCAAGUUUAGUGCUGGGUGAAGGUAAAUAUUUCGUCAUUCUCGACGCCAGACUUCAAGAAAAAAAUAACAAGCAAACCCUUCAUUGCUUAUUACAGUCAGUGGAACAAACUGAGAAACACUUCAGUUCUGUCCUCACCUGGGUAUCAUUCGAGAAUACAGACCAUACUUGGAGCCAAGUCAGCUUAAAAGAGCUGAAAGGCAAAGGAAUAGUACAUUAUGCUGCAAUUGAAACCAGCUGUGAAGCUUUGUACAUUGCAUCGGAUAAUGCCUUUACAUUCACACACGAUACAGAGAAAAACAUCACAGAACCUGAAACAGAAGAGUUAAGAAAAAUAAUCUACACUUGGCUGCAAACAUCUGAGGAUAUCACAUUGACAUUGAAACUGGAAGCUGGUUUUGACAAAAAACUGGUGCACGUUGAUGUUUCCCCCUUACAAAUUAAAGUGAGUUACGCUGGCAAAAGCUUCAUUGAAGGAAAACUUAGGCAUAAAGUUGAUAGUGAGUUUACAACAUGGAACGUCCAAGAUAAUGGUCAAGUUGACAUUCUUGUGACCAAAACUGAGAGUAUGUUAUGGGAUGAACUGUUAGAAGGUGGGGAUGCCAAAGGAGAGCAGGUCUUGGACGCCAGUUUGGUGGAAGAAGCACACCGGAGGCUGGCGCACCUGUGUGCGGAGACUGAAGUGACGCCAGACCUGACUUCUACAGGAUUGUCCACUCAAGAAUUGGAAGAGUGUGAUGCACCAUCUGAGGAAGACACUGUUUUAGUUCGAAUCAAUGCAACAAACCAUCAAAUAACUCACAGAGCACCGCUUAGUGUCCACCAAUACUUAUUUAACAUCAAAAUAGAGACUGAGGAAGUCCCUGCAUUAGCACUACGUCAUGACGUGGAUGCUUGUAUUUGGCAGCCGUACAGCCAGCUUAUAAACGAAAUGUGGCCAGUCAAACACCAAGGCACCUUGAAGGCAUUUGGGUAUGUGCAAUCUUCAAAACAAAACCGCAAGUUUGUCACCUGCCCACCGAACUUCACUUACAGUGUGGUUUGCGAAGCGUCUAGACACAUAUUCAUUUAUCAGAGCUCAGGUAAGCGAGACUGUGAGCUGAGAAAGAGGACAGCCGGUGUAAUGAAACCCAUCAAGGUUGGUCAGCAACAUGUUUUUAAUAUUGAAAACUAUGGAGAAGUUAUUGGCAUAAAUGCUACAAAUGAAUACUUAUUUAUUUUAACUGAGAGUUCAUUGAUUGCUAUUCACAUUGUAUAAAAAAACAUAAAGCUAUAAUAUACACAAUAUUGUAUUUUGACUUAUUAUGUUUCCUCAUUGUUACUAUCACUAAGGUUUUCUUCAGAAGAGUAACCAGUAGUGAAUAACAGGUUUUUAGGUCUUUUCCUUUUUUCUUCUUUGAUUUCUUUUUCUAUUUCUAACUUUUUCUCUUCUGCUAUCUUCUGAGUGAGCAGUUGUCUUGGUCUUUUUCUCUGGAAUGAUGGCUGGUCAGGAGUAGGGGAUGCGGUUGGAGUAACCUCUUGACUACUACUUGAAAUAUCAGGUUUCUCCAACUGAUUGCUCAAGCCAUUAUUUGGUUCAGGUUUAGAUUCUUCAGUUUUCUGUACAGGUUCUUCAUCAAACUCAUCCUCUAAAAACAAACCAAAGAUUAAAUCAAGAUUUGGCAAUAAUGAAAUUGAAAUUUAAUAUUUUUUUUUUUUUACCUGGAGUAACAAUUUCAAAAUUGUAAGCAUGAUCCUUGAGCACCACAAAUAUGAUGGGAAACUCUACAAUACACUUCCCAGACAAAUUUUCAGCCAGGGUCUCAGUUGUGUCCAACUCAAAGAACUUUUUUGCUGAGCCUCUUACUUU